CCUAUGUCAGUCUAUGUUACCCUCCCCUGUGUGUGAGAGUGGGAGCUGGCAAUGGCUGCAAGGGGGUGUGACAUCCCCACACACACACAUACACACACACACACACACACACACACACAUCAGGAUCAGCAGCUGCACACACUCGCCAAACACUCAGCAACUACUCUGCAGGCUCAGCCCGGACUGCAGGCAAAUAGAUUCUCCUGGAAUUCGGAGUCAUGUUCCAACAAUGGGCUCUGGCAGUUGUGUUGCAGUGGGAAAGUCUCCUAAUAGCAGCGAUGGCGUCACCUGAGAUGUACAAGAUUCUCCCAUCCAGCAUCUUUCUGUCUUUGUUCACCGAUAAACCCCCAGGCACCCCUACCAAUGGAAGGCCAGCACAGGAUCUCAGCACUCUUCUAGAGGGAAGUGACAUCCUGAGCUCCAGGAAAUUCCAAUGCAUCAGUCGGGACAAGAAAAUUUCAGCUCAUGACACAGUGUGUCUGUGGACGGCCAGCGAUCAAUAUGCAUCAAUUGAUGAUGAAUACAGGGAAUUGAAGACACAAAUGCUGUCCGCCUUCCCUUCUGACGUACAUCUAGGAGAUCACUCGUGGAACUUGCUUCUCUGGAGGAGGGAGAACGGCAGCCAUAUAACCUGCAAGAUACAAUAUAUGACGGAGGAGGGAGAUAUGAAUGAGGGGCUGAAGCUUAACCUCUACUAUGCACAGAAAAACACGGAUGGAGAGAGAAAAGCUGCUGAUUGCCGAUGCCUGGGAUAUAAAUCAUGUCAGUGUGUCAUAGAGCCUGGAAAAGACAAUGAUGAUUCCUAUAUCCUGUGGAUGGAGAUUGUCACUUCUGUCAAUGCUGUGCUCUCCCCGCCGAUGUCCAUGGAAGCUUCCGCUAUUAUAAAACCAGACCCACCGAGCGACCUGACUUUCAAAAUCACAGAUCAGGGAAAAUUAAAAGUGAUGUGGUCUCCCCCGAAAUCCUCGGCUCACAGGCUGCAGUACCAAGCGAAACAAUAUAUCAACGCAAGCGAUAACGGUUCACAGACCAAGCUAGUCACAGAGGAAACCUUCAUCAUCCUCGAUGUGGCAGAGUCAUGCUCACCGCUGGUGUUUGAAGUGCGUUGCCGGAGAAGUCACGGAAUCUGGAGUGACUGGAGUCUUCCUAUGGUCUUUAAUACACAAGGUGGCUUCUACUUCCCACAGAAGGUUCUUAUCGGAAGCGGCUCCAUCUCCUCCGUUUUCUGUGCGUUCUGCCACAACAACCAGAAAGUUCCGUCAAGGAGUAUCACCUGGGGCCUGAACCUGGCUGAGCAGAUCCCGUCACACCAAUAUACAGCCGCCAGCGAUUAUGUCGGGAAAGUCACGUUAAAAAAUCUAAACCCGACAAAACCGAAAGGGAAGUUCCAGUAUGACGCCUUGUACUGCUGUGUAGACGGGAUCGGCUGUCAGACGCGCUAUGCCGAAAUUUAUGUCAUAGAUGUUAAUAUAAGCAUAACGUGCGAAACUGAUGGGAAGUUCACAGCUAUGACCUGUAGGUGGAGCUCCAAGCACAUUUCAUCUCUGAAGGACAGCGUCUGGACAUUCCGAUCCUACCAGGAUAUGAGUUACUGUAUUAAGACGGAUAUAAGACACGGCGGCUCUGCGGAGAAAAGCUGCACGUUGCAGGAGGACGGAUUUUACAGAUGUGUUUUUAGCACGAUUAAAGCCACGUUCAGUUACACCAUGUGGGUGGAAAUACAACACCCUCUGGGGCGGCUACGGUCUGUACCUGUCUGCGUCAUUCCCAUAGAUGUAGUGAAGCCAUAUGCUCCCUCCAACAUCCAGGCUGAGAUGACGGUGGGCAUGGGAUAUUUAUUGGUGAUGUGGGCACGGCCGAGGUUCACUGUCUUUGACUUGCACUACCAGGUUCGCUAUCGCGUACAAUGGCAGGAAGGUGGAUGGAAGGUUCUAAAUCUAUAUAAAAAUGAAUCGAUCACCAUAGAGGAAGUCGACGCCUGUGAAUCAUACGCCGUUCAAGUCCGCUGUAGAGGUUUGAAUGUAUCGGGGUACUGGAGCGACUGGAGUGAUCCUAUUAGUCCAAUCAUCAAGGAUAUCAGAGCGCCUGUAAAGGGGCCCGAAUUUUGGAGAAUUGUGCAAAAUAACCAUCUCCAGAAGGGAGACAAUAUUACAUUAAUAUGGCAGCCAGUGAAGGAUCCUUUCCUGUGCGGUCCCGUGGAAUACGAAGUGUUAUACGAAGUGUCCCAUGUGGUUACCUCAUCGAUAUAUAUUGGGAACGCCACAAACUACACAUUGACUCUUCAGAAUAGCGCUGCUACCGUCACCGUCCGAGCGCACAAUGCUCUGGGGCAUUCGAGUACGAACCGAAAUUUAUUGUUGUCACAGAGGAUGAGCGCAGUGCAGGCAGUGGAAUCUCUGGAUUUGUACCUGCUGAACAAAAGUGUGGUUGCCGUGUGGCGCUUGCUCCCGGUGGAGUACGAAGUCCUGGAGUUUGUCCUGGAAUGGAAGAACCUCCGCGAUGAAUCCCGAGUGCGCUGGCAAUAUAUUCCCCCCAAUGUCAGCAGAUACUACAUCAAAGACCAUUUUUUCACCAUUGAAAAGUACCAGUUCAGCCUGACUCCCGUGUUUCUGGAAGGCGUCGGAAGCCCAAAAAUCACCUAUGAAUUUUCUACAGAGAAACCCAAUGAGAUGCAGAAUAAUGGAGGAGUAUAUAUUAUAUUACCUGUGAUAACGGCCACGUCCUUCCUGCUAGUGAUAACGCUGGCAAUAUCGCAUCAAAGAAUGAAGAGAUUGUUCUGGAAGGAUGUACCAAACCCCAAAUACUGCUCCUGGGCCCAGGGUGUCAACUUUGAAAAGCCAGAUACACUAGAAAACCUUUUUACCAAGCACCGCAACCACCUGGCGCCCAGUUUCCCCUUAAUCCUCGAACCAGAAACCAUUUUUGAAAAUCUCAAUAUCGUGAAAGCCUGGGAGAAAGAAACAGACGACGUCUCAUUAGUCGGGAAGCUGACGGACGACCGCGACUCCGCCUGCGCCACCAGCCACUUCAGCAGCAGUUGCAGCUACGCGGACAACCGCGAGACCGCCAUGUACGGGGGCAGCCCCUGCCAAUCCAGCAUCAAGUAUGCGACGAUCUUAAGUAACCCCCAACAAAGCAGCAAGCCAGGUAUAAAAAACGAGAGGAAACUGAGCGUCAGCUCCUGCGACGGGUGUUUCUUGAGGGCCAAUUCAGCCGCCAUCAGGAAUCUGGAUGCCGACAAUCCAACCUUUUUGAUCAUGGCGGGGUUACAGGCGAAACAGCCCGGCAAAAUGUCUUCUAAUUCCACCGUGUCUUCCGAGGGCUUCUCUGAGCCGUCCGAGCAAAGCUUCGAAGGCGACAGUCCGGAGAAGAAUCUCUUCUACGUGGGACUCGGGUCGGUCCAAAACGACGACGAGGUCAGCAACUACUACUCUGAAAAUCCCUUAAUGUCCUAUCACAUCCAGGAAAGCGUCUCCUACGGAACGAUAAACUUCAGCCACAGCGAAUCAUCGGAAUUUAUCAACAUGGACUAUAGCCAGCGAGAUCUGGUGACGAAGAAGAAGAAGUCGCUGAGGCCCUACAUUCCUCAAUUUCAGAUACAAUCCGCAAAUUCAGCGGGAAUGGUGGACAUAUGCACAUGAUGCGCGCUUGGGUCACCGCGCUUUUUUCAUAUACGCCAGCGAAGCAGCUGAGGCCGGCCAAAAAAAAAAAGACAUCAUGGAUGACGAAACGUGAAAGGCCAAUGGUUUGCUGCAAAGAUAGUUAAUUAGCUAAUGUUUGGAGCAUUUUGCUCUGCAGGAAUAAGCUCGUGGAAACGACUUUCUCAAAAUGUGAAAAGGGAAAGUGAACAUUUUUUAAACUGGAAUUGGUGAAGUAUUUUUCUUUAUAUUUUUAAAAAGAUUUAAAAUUACCUGUUAAAAAA